UAUAGCCUUGCCAUCACAAGUUCACCACCCGGUCCACACGCCGAACCUUGAAAAUCUUCAUCGAAGACUCUUCAUUAUCAUGGCUCCGGCCCUCAAGCGUUACGAUUGGAUCCUCGCGAUCAUCUCCAUCGCCUUCGUUUGCUCGUCCUUCGGUAACGGUGCGAACGAUGUGGCCAACUCCUUCGCUACGAGCGUUGCUGCUCGCACCCUCACCAUGCCGCAAGUCGGCGUGAUCUCGGCGUGUACCGAGUUCGUUGGCGCCGUCGCCCUCGGAUCCCGUGUCACCAGCACCAUCAAGAACGGAAUCAUGAACAUCUCCAAAUUCGAAAACUCCCCCGCGGUGCUUAUGCUCGUGAUGGGAUGCGCUGAGAUCGGUUCCGCCUUCUGGCUUAUCUUUGCGACCAGCUUGGGUUUCCCCGUUUCGACCACUCAGACCAUCGUGGGCGCCCUGGUGGGUUCUGGCAUCGCCUCCACCGCGACCAUCAAAUGGGAAUGGUCCGAAGGCUCCGUGUCUCAGAUCGCCGCAUCGUGGGCUAUCGCGCCACUGAUCUCCGGCGCCAUCUCUGCCAUCCUCUUCGCGACUUUGAAGUUCGCCAUCCUGGAGCGAAAAGACCCGUUGAAGCGGGCGCUGCGAGCCAUUCCCGUGUACUUCGCCUUCACCGCCGGGGUGCUCACUCUGUUCAUCAUCGUCGAGCUGCCGCAAUCUGAGGAUCUUGAAAACUUUCCGCUCGGAACCCUCCUGGGCUCAAUUCUCGGGGUCUUCUUCGGCAUCCUCCUCUUCUCCAUAGUCUUCAUGGUCCCGUUCUUCCAUCGCCGCCUGGUGCAGGAGGACAGCCGCGUCCGAAUCUGGCACGUUCCGUUGGGCCCUCUCCUAUACCGCGAAAACCAAUGGCUGUAUUUCCCCGGCGCCGCGGACAGUGAAAUCGUCACCGACUAUUAUGAAGAGGGUCAUGACCCUAGGUAUCCCGAAACCACACAGGGCGAGAAGUCUUUCGAUAUCAAUAGCAACAAGUCCACAAACGAAAUCGCUGGUAAGGAUGUUGAGGCCGCCACGGGCGAGUCCACCGCCGUCCCCAAUACCACCGGUGAACCAGUUCGACUCCGAAAGAGGAGGCCCGAGCCCGAGGAGCGCUGGCUGGUGCCGGUCAGACAUCUCCCCAUCUACCAUCCGAAGAAGCUCUUGAACUGGCUCAAGUGGUUAGCGCUUCAGGGUGUCAGCCGAGACUGCAUCACUCACCAAUCCGAGCACAUUCGCAAGGCUCAUUCCCUAGCUACCCGCUACGACAACAGGGUCGAGCAUCUGUGGACCUAUGCCCAAGUCGUCAGCGCCAUGAUGAUGUCCAUCGCUCACGGUUCCAACGAUGUUGCCAACGCUGUCGGUCCCUGGGUCGCCACCUACGACGUCUACAUGACUGGCGUCGUGGAGUCGAAAACCGACACCCCCAUCUGGAUCCUCGUCAUCGCCGGUAUCCUCCUCGGCGCCGGCUUCUGGUUCUUCGGCUACCACAUCAUCCGCGCCCUAGGCAACCGCAUCACCCAGCUCUCGCCCACCCGCGGCUUCAGCAUGGAGCUCGGCGCCGCCAUCACCGUGCUGAUGGCCUCCCGUCUGGGCCUGCCCGUAUCCACCACCCAGUGUUUGACCGGUUCCGUCAUGGGCGUGGCGCUGAUGAAUUUGUCGCUCGGAGCCGUCAAUUGGCGCCAGAUGGCUUACAUCUUGAUGGGUUGGAUGCUCACCCUCCCGUGCGCCGGGUUGAUUUCGGGUCUGUUGUGCGUGAUGGCGCUGAAUGCCCCUCAUUUCUGAUUUGCGAGACUGUUUCGAAUGGCGUAAUGGGAUUAAGAUACCUCUUUUCAGUUGCAGCUGAGUUCUUCGCAUGAUAGCGUGCACAUUCCAUAGCUCCAUAGCUCCAUAGCUCUGGAGGUUUAUGAUGAAAUAGAUGACGAUAAACACUUAGCUUUAUUCACACUGGUAU